AAUUACUGUUGUGCAUCAAUGAGGCAAAAGAUGUAAUACUGUACUGAAAUGGCAUCAAGGAAACCCAGUAAAUUGCCGCUUAAAGGCGGUACCAAACGAGUCCGAUUCAAUAUCCCAAUGACUUCCGAAGAGCUGGUACCAUACGUUCGGGAUUAUACGGAAUAUAUUCCGCCUGAAGAACUACGAGAAGAGAUUUCAGAGAAGGAGGCUGAGGUCAUUCCGGAAGACAAGAUCAAAAAUGGCAGCCAACUCUUGGCAAUGGUGAAACAAAGAAUGAAAGAGGAAAAGCCCUUCGACUCGAAGACAGGAGAUAAUUUAAGAGCUCCAUUUCGAUUUGACCCAAAGAUAGGAACAAUUAAAGAAGACGAGGAGUUUCGGGUGCGUACGGACGAUAGGCGCUACGGGGUCUUCCCGUCACGCUCAGAGGACCGAAUUUCCGAUUCCGGGUCGGACUGGUCCGAAGGACCUGACACUUAUUUGCAAUGCAACUGUGUCGCCGGGAUGAAGUAUUUGUGUUGUUGUCACUGUUUUAGGAGAAGUUCCGGAAAAGCUGCACCCGUCACCAAAUGGGUUAAAGAGGAUGGCAACACAGGUGGCGACAAUGGUGGCGACAAUGAGGAAGAGAGAAAACCAAAACGUGUUGGGAAAAUGAAGAGACUUAGAAAUUUUUUCAGGAGAUUAUGUUGUUGUGUUGGGAAAAGCAAUGAAGACUGAAGAAUGCCUGCCAUCUGAACAUCCGAG